AUUGUUCACAGUGUAACAGGUGGAUGGGUAAUUUCGAAUUGCAAAGAUCAAAACAAUAGAAAUUGUUGUGUUUUUUUUUGUACCUUUUAACAUCGUAUAUUUUGGUGAACACCAGAUGCUGUUUGGACGUCUCAGUUUGUGUGGUCAAUUUUAUUAGUUCAAUAGUUUUCCAAAAGGAUUUUCAUACAGGAACUUUGCGAUAUGCAAAGAGGGUUGAGUUGUUGGUACAAGUUUCAUUUUAACUAUGCACUGUCUACUUGGUUCUAGUCCAGUAAUUGAGAUAUGCAUUAAGAGUUUAAUGGUGUGUGUAUUUUGUGGCAAAUUUAAAGGUAUACAUCUGUUAUAUUGUUUAUAUUGUGGCAGUCUCGAAAAGUACACGACUUGUAAAACUAUUUCCAAGUUAAAAAAACAGGUUUAAGUGAAAACAGUGUUAAAAUUGGUUUAUUUUUGUACAUACUUUUCUUUUAUUAUCAAUAACAUAAAAAUAAAGAAAUGUUAGACUGUUGUUGAUAAUAGUAAUGUCGUGUAUAGUGAAACUUUUGAUUUUGAUUAGUGUGCGUGAGUGUAUGUUGGUGACCUGCUGCACAACAGUAGAUACAUGCUCAUGAGAUGGUGACUUGAUCUUAAUUACAUUGAGACGCUUGUGAAGAAUACAAAUAUAACUCUGUUGGUUUGUGCUGUUUUUGUUCUAAAUUUCUUUCAUGGGGGGGAAAAGACAGUGACUCUUUAAUUAAUGUCAUGUUAUGGUUUGAAAAAAAGACAAUCUAACUUCGUGUUGAGUGAAAAAAAAAACAACAUAGGAGACUUGGAAAAACAUAGACGCUUAAAAUUAUGGAAACAGUCGAAACAGCUGGAGAAGGGUUUAUGACCAUUACACCGUGAACAUUAUCUUUAUCAGGGUCAAAUUAACCAGCGCCAUUACACAGUGCUGGGAUGAUUACGACAAAGUCUAGUUUUGGGUAACCUUGAAAAGCUUCAAUAACAGGAGCCUUCCAAUCCUUGGAGUAUAAUUCAAUACUCCAUUCUACCAGAGUCUCGGUCUCGGCGUGGGAUAAGCCCUAACCUGAAACUUUAUAACGUGUAAUUAUGCCAGGGCUACACCUGAGUUAAUUUACACAGAUUAGCCAAAUGUUUAUUUUUACCUGUCCCUAACCUCUGUCGCGUUGUUGUGUAAAGUUCAGUUGAGUAAUUUUAACAAUUUUCUGAACUAACGUUUUCUGUCAGUUGUUUUUAAGAAACACAUUUUACACAGUUGAGAACCUUGUAUUCACUGCUGAUGGGCAACAUGUGUGGAGAACCUUCUAUUCACUCUUAUAAGUGUAGAACGCAUUAUUUUCACUUAUGAGGGAUGCACUUCCCUGAGUAGCUUACUACACAUUCACACAUGCGUUAAAGUAAAACAUAAAACCCAGGGACACAACUACUGAUGGUAGACAGGACUUUGUGAAUCUAUAUCAAUGUCCAAUUACUCUAACAAUAAAUGACCUUUGCAUAUAAUGAUUGCUCCAUUUUAAGCAAUUUUCUCACAAUGUAAUGGAUGAUGUAACUAUAAGCUUAAAUUGCAGUCAGCAGACUGUACCACUAAAAAGUUUUCUUAGGAACGUGUCAGAACACUCCAAACUACUAGGCCAUUCUCUAGUUGUACUGCCUUUGUCUUUGUUUCCUACCAGAUCCAAAAUAGACAUAAUAACGACAUAGAAAAUUCUACAUUUUAAAGAUACUUUUUUACUGUCCGGCACUUGAGCCAUAUUCUGAUACUCUUAAUCUACGCAGUGACGUUUGAAGGCUAGAGAUGAGCUACGACUUCUACUGUAAAAAUCAUUGUAAUCAAAUGUUUUAUUAAUUAAAACUUUCUUCUUAGGAACAAAAAAAAAAAAAGAAUAUCCUGAACUGACAAAAGAAUCUCGCAGGUUGAAUUCAUUUGAGUAUGAAAGAUUUAUCAUGGGGAGUUCUGGCCGUUUUGGUGUGCACGGUCAGCGCCGUGUCGGGACAGGAGGACAGCAACAGCAGGGUGGAACGUGACAGAGGCGUCUCUCCCAAACCGGUGAAGAAGCCGUGCUGUCUGCCUUACAAGUUCCAGGCUAUAACAGUGGACCUCAAAUCAUUCCAGUAUGACAAGGAAGUGAGUCCACUUGUUAAUUAUUAUACAACCAUUACCCGACCCCACCCCCCCCCGCCCCACAGACACACACCUUUGACCAUUAAUGCCGAUACUCGUUCGUUAAUCGCUGAAGCUUUAGAUGCAAACUGUUAGAAAAGUGGGUGUGCACUGUUAGUGAUUAAGUGCAAACUGGUAGAGAUUUAGGUGUGCUCUGUUAGUGAUGAAGUGCAAACUGGUACUGAUUUAUUAGUUUACACGUAGGGAUUAAGGUGUCCACUAUUUGUGAUCGAAGUUUACACUGGUCAUAACUACGGUGCGCACUGGUAGUGAUUUAGCCGUGCAUUAGUGUUUAUUUAGGCGUGUUGUGAUAUUGAUUAAGGUGUGCACUAAUAGUGAAUUAGGUGUGCACUGCUAGGGAUUUAGAUGGGACAUUGGUACUAAUUUUGGUGCGCAUUCAUAUAGUUUCAUUUGUGCAUUGUAAUGCUAUAAAAGGCUAAUGAUAAUUAUUUAGGUGCGCAUUUUUGAAUUUUCAGGUUCAUUUUUAUUUUUUAGGUUGGGAGAGUUGUUUACUGGAGGUGGGAGGAGGGGGGCAAUACGAAUCAUAUUGAACAAGUCAUUAACUAAUUGCCACAUUAAAACAGAUUAAAUACAUUUAAAGUUUAAAAUAAGUUUAAUUAUAUAAGCGUGAGCUACGAUAUCCGUGUAGCGCUUUUUUAAAAAAAAGAAUAAAUUUAAAUAAUCUCGGGUGUCUACAGUACAGAUGAGUGGAUCAGAGAGUGGCCUAAUACAUUUAUUAGAAUAAAAAUAUGUUUAAGUAUAAGUGCGAAAGAAAGAGAUAUCAAUGUCUCAAAACCUAAUCAUAUUAACACAUGCGGAAAUGUGGUCUUUAAAAAUAGUGCCAUCCCCCCCCCCCUCUAAAAAACACACCUUGGGGACGUGAACAACGAUGUAGUAAUACUUUUUUUAUAUUAAGAAAAUCCUUGUUUUUUUCUAUUUACGCAAAGUACAGUUCCGAGUCAAAUACUUUCUUCGCGAUUUAGAACAAUUUUUAAAAAGAAGAAAAAAAAAAAGCCUCUAGAUUAUUAAAAGUGGUCUUUUGUUUAGCUUAACAGAAGUAUUGAAAUGAGUAUACAUCAAAUCUUUGUUACUGACUGUAUUCGAUUUAAACAGGACGGAAAAAACAUGGAGGAAACUGCCUUUUCAAAAAAAAAAACGUGAAUAUUUUACCUAUAGCAAAUAUCUUUUUUUUUUCUUCAUGGGGUCGCAUAUUUUUCUUAACAAAGCAAUCCACCUUGGUAGAUGAUGAUGAUUGAGUAAUUUUGUAGCAUUAGCGUCGAUGCUGUUUUAGCAUGCUCACAGCGCUUGAUGUCCUAAAAUCUAUUUAAAGAAAAAAUAGUCUUUAAAUGGUUCUUAAAUGACUUUUUAUCAUUUUCAAUUUCCCUCAAAGACUGAGAACAACUGUUCCAUAAUUUAGGCACAAUAGCUUUAAAAAGAGCGCACUCUGUGUUCACACAGGGAACCCUCAGUAAGGACUGUGUUGAAGAGCGCAGGUUCUUUAUUGAUUCAUGUUUUGAAAUCAGUUCUUUAAGAUAUGCAGGUGCAGAGCCUUCUAUACAACUAUACACCAGUUACGGAAUUUUGUGGUCAGCCUGUGGAGAUCUUUAAGAACUGGGUUGAUGUGGUCAGAUUUCUUUACACGCGAUACAAUGCGUGCUGCAUUACAUUGAAGAUGAGUAGUUAUAGUUCCUGAUGUUAAAAUUCUUUUUGAGUUAACUCUAUAGAUGAAAAGAUACGAUUAAUUAUUCGAUCUAUUUCUAGCAAACUAGCAGGCUCUACAGAAACUGGGAGUCCAGAAUCCAAGUGAUGGACGAGAUCAAGUAUACAGAGGGUGGCAUUGUAUCCACAAUAUAUCGUGUUAUAUUGGACUAUAAGAACGUAAGUAAACAUGUUUUUCUAUUUGUAACAGUGGGGUAUCAAUAUCUGAAGCUAUGAUAUCCAACUUGUCCUGAACCAGGAUAUCCAACUUGUCUUGAAUCAGGAUAUCCCAAUAGUAUUGAACCAGGAUAUCGAACUUGUCUUGAGCCACGAUAUCCAACUUGUCUUGCGCCAGCAUAUCCAACUUGUCUUAAACCAGGAUAUCCAACCUGUCUUGAACCAGGAUAUCCAACUUGUCUUGAAACAGGAUAUCCAACUUGACUGGAACCAGGAUAGCCAACUUGUCUUGAACCAGGAUAUCCAACUUGUCUUGAACCAGGAUGUCCAACUUUUCUUGAAACAGGAUAGCCAACGUGUCUUGAACCAGGAUAUCCACGCAUCCGGAAAUUUGAUUGAACGGAAAUUUGGCGAAACUUUUUUCAGUUUUUACGUCAAAAUUGUGCUUCCAAUUUCUUUUUGAACGCAUUAUUUUGUUUUACUCUAUUGUAGAGUGCAUAUCCAACUUGUCUUCAACAAGGAUAUCCAACUUGUCAUGAGCAAUAAUAUCCAACUAUUCAAACAAUAUGACAUCCAAGUUAACAUGAGCCAUGCUAACUAAAUUAUCUUUUGAGAUUCACAACUUUUUACGCAAAAUUCUGAAGGAUAUUGUAAUUUUGCAAGUCGAACAUAUUAAUUUAUUUUAAAACCAAACAUAUUUUUCUGGACUGAUAUAAGUCAUUACGUAGUGCACAAUGUUAUGAGCAUGCAGUGUUGUAUUAUUAUAAAGAAAGAUGUAUCAUCAAGCAGUAGAACACACAUUAUUAAUGCCACAUAAACGAGGGUUGAAUAAAGAUGCUUAUAUUUUUAAUUGCUUGUUUAUGUUACACAGUUUCUAUCAUUGUUGGUUUCCACCUAUGUUUAAACUGUUCGAUUUUUUUUUGAUAUCCCAUAUCCUGCCGUUACCUAACACCUUCUCUGUUUCAAGAAAUUAAGGUACGUGAUCGUUGGAGAUGACUGCAAAGAUCCUGUCCCACUUAACAGCGGCAUGUUGGAGCCUUGCAUGCCUGGUGCGUUAGCUUUCCUACUAUUCCAUAUUAAUGUGUGUAUCAAAAAACAGUAUUUUCCAUGCAGGCAAAAAAACUACUCUAUUACCCAUUUUGAUUGGUUUACAAUAGUUUAAAUUAAUGGCUGAAGCUAUGUUUUAGGUCUAGUUUUCAAGAGAAUUAAAGCAUCCACCCAUCACCCUUAAAUAUUUUUUUGCCCAAAGCCCUUUCCCAAUUUUUGGUGAACUGUCAAAAUAGACUCUCCAUAUCCUGCCAGAAGUUUGACUCUCCAUUGCACAGCUUGUUUAGAUAUCAAAAAUGUGUCCCGUUUAACAACGUUGUCCAGCCUAACUAUUUGUCCGUAUCACAAUGUAUCCAAUCUAAAGUGUCCCCUCUAAAGAUCUGCCCCAUCCAGCAUUGUGUCCAGUACAAAAAUGUGUCCCGUCUUAUAUAAUUAAUCUCUUUUUGAAGCUUUAAGAGUAUUUCCUAUCUCGAAGAAUACUUAGCUCGCCCUUUACCCAUGUUGUUUAUAUUGCCUCUCUUACUUUUGAACCCUAGGUAUCAAAUAAGUACCAUACCUUUAGGACAUGAUAACCUAGACUUUUUUUUAAUACCUUCCAUUCACUGCGUUUAAUGUCAACCAUAGUAAGAUGUCUUUCCAUGACUGUGUUUGUUUCAGAUAGCGCUCGAUACCUGGGUAAAUCGUACAUCGGCGCGUAUGACAAUACGGCUGACUUUGAUGCAUGGUAUUUCCGGCGCACCGACCAAAACAGAGAUAUAGAGAUGACGAUAGCUGUUACGGCUGACAGGUGUGUCCCCGUCAUGGAACACAUCGCAGGAACCAUGGCCAGAAGUAAGUCCGGUGAAAUUCCACGGUCAUGAUCAUGCACACACACUGAAGAUGGUGAUGCACGACCAAUGCAAAUAAUGGUUUGUGUUACUACAUCUGCUCAUGAUGCUCAUUUGCACUGUUCGAUUUUUUUCACCUUGUGCCUAGAGUAAUUGUGUGUGUGUGGGGGGGGAGUACUAAUGCGUGUUAUUGUUCGUUAUUCGCACGCAAAGGUGACCACGCAUUUGACUUGAUUUGACUUGACCUGUGUUUUGUUUAAAGUGAGGGAGGGUUGCUCAAUUCGUCAGCCUCACUCUCUCUCUCUGUCUCUCUCUCUCUCUCUCUGUCUCUCUCUCUAUCUCUCUCUCUGUCUCUCUAUCUCUCUCUCUCUCGUCCUUGCCUCUUUGAUCCAAUGGCAAGACUUAGUUUAUUCAAGACGACUGGAAACAGACCAGGAAGCAGUGGAUGAUCAGCGGUGUUCCUUGUGUGUCACAUGGCUCUUAGGCACGUCGCUGGAGUUUUCCGAAUCUUCAUUGCGUCAAUGUCUAAACGCCUACGAGACUCCAUCUGCAGGUUUGAUUUCAGAGUUUGCCUUCUCUUAGAUGAGUAGCCAUCCAAAGUUAACGAGUCCCAUCGCCCCGCGGUGAUGGUGUUAUUUUCACUAGUCUAGGCUGAGGAUUGUAUGCCAGUUCACAAGCUUUGGACUGACUCAGUUUAAACCGCUCGGCCAAGAAACUCACUACGUGUGUACCUUUAUUGAAACACAUUGCAGGGAAAUGAUUGUUGUUACGACUUUCUUUCAGCAGGAAAUUAAUGUUGUGUUAAAUGGUACCAUUUUAUUUCUUAUCACUGGCAAACUCGUCUGGGUUCACUACCACACAGCCACACUUCGUCCACACGCCACUAACGUAUCAAAAGAUAUUCCGCUUUUGAUUGCCAACUUAUGUAUUCACUAAAAUAAAUUCGCUAAAUAUUUCCAUUCCUUAUAUCUUGCUAGAUGAAACAAUCGACAAAAUAUGGAGAAUUUUAAGAAAUAAAAAGUUUAAAUAGUUUAGGGGAUAUCAAGGGACAUAAAAAGAAAAUUAUUUUCAACAACAAAAAUGUUCGUUCUUCAUUCCCCUUAGCUUAAUAACAGGGCCACAGGAGAGACCGCCAAUACAAACUAUUGAAGAAAAAUGGCUUAGUUGAACUGAGAGAGAAGGUACUGAGGCUCCGCCAAACGAUCCAAUGGUUAUUGCGCAGAUCUUAUUGAAACUACCUGAACGGCAUCUUCUCAGAGGAAGAUAGGCCGACCAAAGGUGUCAAGAACAAACGUUUCUGGAGCUAUGUGAAGCACCAAAAGUCAUCAAACGCUGGAGUCCCACCCCCCCCCUGAGCUGGGAUGGCCAUUUGACAUCUGACCCAAAUACACAGGCUGACGUACUCAAUCAGCAGUUCCAGUCGGUCUUUGGCGACGGUAAAGAGUUCUCGGAGGCUGAAUUCCAUCUGAAGACCAAAAUGAUGAACAGAGCCUACCCUGUCAUGGAGGAUAUCCAGAUAUGAGAGCAGGGUGUGCUUGCGCUUCUGAAAACCAUUAACCCCUACAAAACAUGUGGUCCUGACAACAUCAAACCACGAGUGCUCAAAGAAUUAGCCAAAGAAAUCGGUCUUGCCCUAACAAUCCUCUUCCAAUCGUCGAUGUGCCAAGGAAAUGUUCCAGCAGACUGGAGAACUGCACAUGUCACUCCAAUCUACAAGAAAGGGGAGCAUUCUGACCCUGCCAACUAUCGUCCGAUAUCCCUCACCAGCGUGGUCUGCAAACUGUUGGAGCACAUAAUCGUAAGCACAGUCAAGAAGCAUUUUGAAAGCCAAAAUAUAUUCAAUGAGUGUCAACAUGGCUUCGGGGUCAAUAGAUCAUGUGAGACCCAGAUCCUUGCUUUUGUAGAAGACUUGAUGACCAAUCUGGAGAACCACAAGCAAACUGACGUGCUGGUUGUGGACUUCGCAAAGGCAUUUGACCGUGUCAAUCAUAGUUUGCUUCUACACAAACUCCAGAUGUAUGGGAUCCAAGGAACUACUAAAACAUGGAUCUCUAGCUUCCUCAGUUACCGAGGCCAAGCAGUAGAUGUGGACGGUACAAGCUCCUCCUUUAUGAAUGUGCAGUCAGGGGUCCCCCAGGGAUCAGUGUUAGGCCCCUGUUUGUUCCUAGCAUACAUAAAUGACCUACCCAAAAAACUGACAUCCCAAGCAAAACUUUCCGCAGAUGACACAGCGGUGUAUAGGACGAUCGCCAACAGAUCUGACCAGGACCAGCUACAACAGGAUCUCAAUCUGUUAGCUGAGUGGAAGAUUAGCUGGGACCUGGAAUUUCACCCUGCCAAGUGCCAGACACUAUCAGUCUCUAGAGGUUGUACUCCUCUACACUACCAAUACAAACUGCAUGGCCAUAUAGUUGAGACAGUUUCCUCAGUUAAGUACCUGGGUGUUACCAUUCAAAGAGAGGUCCGCUGGGACGAGCAUAUUAACAAUGUAUGUAACCAAGCAAACAACACCCUGGGAAUUCUUAAAGCGUAACCUGAAGAUUGGCAACUCCUGUGUAAAAGAAAGAGCAUAUAAAGCCUUUAUCCGUCCGAUUUUAGAUUAUGCAUCUUCAGUACGGGAACCAUUUACCCAGAAGAGCAUUUACCGGUUGCAGGCGGUCCAGCGACGGGCGGUUCGCUUUGUCCUGAACCGCUACAGAAAUACCUCUAGUGUUGGCAGCAUGCUGGAAACACUAUGCUGGUCACCAUUGGAGGAACGACGACGUCAAUCCAGGCUGUCCAUGAUGUACAAAAUAAAUAAUAUGCCCGUUCACUGUUCCAGUAUUAAACAGAAACUCGUCCCUCUCCCCCAUAGACAGUGACGAGGCGAUGACAGGCAAUUCCGGCUCAUACCAGCAAGAACUGCUCAUUCCUUCCCAAUACAAUCAGGGACUGGAACAAACUUUCAAAAGAAACAGUUGAGGCGAAAACACUAGACACAUUUGCGUCUAUCGCAUCAAGCCUUCCAACCCUCAGUGCAUGAUUCCUUCGCAAGUUAGCACUUGUAAUCAUUGAAAUAUCCUCAUCAGCGCCAGGCAUAGAAACAUUGCAAAUCGCCUCUACAUGCAUAGGAGCUAAAAUAAUCAAUAAAUUGAUCGUGGGCCCUUAAUAUAUAGAAAGAGGAAUAGAAGAAGAGCCUAGCGUUGUUGACUUGACAUUCCAUCUUCUAUUGAUGUUUUAUAUUUAAAAAAAAAUCAACAACAAAAAAGCCUUUUGUUUACUUUAUAUCCCCCAGUGCCAACAGACAACUUAGUUCUUUUUACAAACGUGACUGAUGUCCAAGAUGACUCUGUGUUCAGAAUACCCCAAAGCUGCCUCGAUAAAAUAAGAAUGUGACCAGUGCAAGAUGAUCAUGAUAACAGAGCUGUUUCGUAAUUAUAUAAUUUAUUAGUUAUCUUAAAAAGAAACGUACUAUUAUAUUUGGGGGAGGGGGUGUUAUUUAUUUGAAUAAACAUUAAGAUGCCUAGUGAUACAGCUGUUUCAAAUCUAAAGAGAUUUCUAAUUUCAAAAAAAAAUAAAAUAUGUAGUGUAAAUUUGGGAGUAAUAAUACAUAAUCGUAAAGAUGUACUUUUAAGCAGCUUUGUUCUCGCGUGAUAUAUUUGUUUUUCUAAUAAAUACAUUCAAUUUAUUCGGCUUUUUAUUAUUAUUUGUUUUUUUUUUUAAUUAUGUGUUCUGAUAUUUUUGUCAGUUUUUUUAUUCAUUUAACAAGAACAUAUCAGAUUUUUCUCUUUUCUUAUGUCAACUUUGAGCAUGAAAUUCCUGGAGAGCUCUAAGAAUUCUUAAUUAAAAAUUAUUUUUUUUCUGAAAUAUUAAAUAAAUGUUAAAGAAAAAGAAUUUUUUGUCUUAUUAUGUCCACUUUCUAGCCUUAAAAGAAAUGUUUGUUGAAACGUUUAAAUAUGGCGACAUAUUUUUUGUCCUUUUAAUUAUCUGAAAUAAAAGUCUUAAGACCAACUUAAAUAGUAUUUGCAUUAAAUAUAAAUUGGAAACAUGCUUCUAAAAUCAAAAUGUAUUGAAAAAAGGGAAAGUAUCAUGUAAUAUAUCUUAAAAGAUAAUAAAUACUGUUAUUACCUCCCUUUACCAAUCUGAAGUAAUCUAAACAAGAAAAAAUAUUAAUAAACAUACUUAGAAUUAUCUUAUUUAAAUUAAUUUAUUUAUGGAUGUAUUAAAGUAUUGUUAAG